AUGACGACCCGAGCCAACAGGUUUAGCAGCGUGGCCAUGCCCCGUCAGAAGCUACAUAAUGCUGGGGAUUGCGUGGGAGCAUUUUCCUCCUGCUUUGCCAAAGUGGCCCUGGGGACCAUACUGUCUCCAGAAACCACAUCCGUCCACCAUACGGCUACUUCUGCUCAGUCACUUUCCCAUUGUCAUUCUUCAUCCCAUCAAGGCACCACAGCUCAUUUUAUCAGCACAGGCUCUCCUAAAACACCCAUAAGCUAUACAACAACAGUGCAGAGGACAGAGCAGCAUCAGGUAACAACAGCACCAGGACAUCACACAACAGCCCAGGCAGGAGCAACCACCAUGCAAGUGACUGGCCAGACAUCUCCCACGGGGGUAUCCACAACCGCUGCAGCAGACAACACAACUGCAGCGGGUCAUGCUACAACCCAGGCAAUGGAAACAGUCACACCUGCAGUGAAGAACACAACCCAGCAUCCUAUGUCCUCAAUCAAGCAAGCCACAACACAUGUAAGCACAGAAAUGACAGUGGCAGGAACAAAAAAAAAAAAACAAGAAAGCCCGCCGCCUGCCGUAACUACUCCAGCCAUCACCAUGCAAACUGUAAAGCCCAUCACAGGGUCAGGAAAUCAAACAACAGCGCCUAAAAGUCCAACAGCCACAGCUAUGACCAACGCAACAACCAUUCCUCCAGGGACUCAAACAACCAUCCCAUCUACUACGGUGACAGUGAGACCCACUCUUGCACCACGGCCUUCUCCCAUCCCCACUGGCACAUACACAGUUUCCAGUGGGAACAGGACCUGCAUCAAAGCGGUCAUGGGCCUGCAACUGAUGGUUCAAAAUACACAGAAGAAGCGGAUGGAGUACAUGGCUGUCAACCCCAACGCGACGCAGACCUCUGGCAGCUGUGGGACGGUGCAGUCUGAGCUGAACAUAACUUUCAGUGGAGGGUUUAUAAACUUGACCUUUGUAAAGAAGUCUCCAACCUACUCUGUCAGUAAAAUUGAGAUCAGAUUACAGUUAUCUUCUGAAGGUAUGCUUUACAAUGCAACCAUACGCGAGAAGCUGUUUACAACAAAGCUGGGGAAUUCCUUUAAGUGUGCCAGCAAGCAAACCUUCAGCUUGCUGAAGGACUUCCAGCUACUCUUUGUUCAUAUGCAGCUUCAGGCGUUCGAUAUUGUCAGUAACCAGUUUGGCAAAGAAGAAGAAUGUCUUCCUGAUAAAAACAGCAAAGCAGUUCCCAUCGUGGUGGGCCUGAGUAUCCUGGGAUUGUUUGUCAUUGUGUUUGCCACAUUCCUGAUUUCCCGAAGAAAGCCGCAUAGAGGAUAUGAACGUAUCUGA